UAUGGUAAUCAUCGAAUUCAAUAACAAAGGAGAAAAAGGGAUGUUUGUCCCCGUAGAGGUUCCGUAGCUACUUCUACUAGUUUGUUAGGAAGUGAAAGAAAGCGUUUUCUUUGUGGUGGUGGUGUUGAUGUAAGUGGUAGAGGUUUCAGAGAGAGAACGCGUUCUGGGGAAUAGUUUUUUUAGUUGCAGUUUGAUUCAAACCGAACUUGUCUGCCUUAGCAAUGGAAGUUUUGCAUGGUGUUCAGUCUACCCACUAAAAUGUUUUAACAAGUGUUUUCAGUGUUUAUUAUUUACGGUUCCUGUCUCGACGUAAGAUUCAGAGUUUCCUGAAGUGUAUUAAAAAUAGAAAAUGCUUCUGAACAGUCAAAGCAUUAGAUAUGUACUAAGCUUAGUUCCGGGAAAGCGUCGCUUUGGUACGUACAGAUUCCUGCCACUAUUUUUCGUUCUGGGAGGAGUGAUGGAGUGGAUUAUGAUCAAUGUGAGGAUCGGGAAGGAGACUUUCUAUGAUGUUUACAGGAGAAAACAGUCUGAGAGAAACUAUCAGAAGAAGACAGAGGAGGGACUGGCAAACCAAGCAAAUGGAUAAAUGAACUGCCUGGCUACAUAUCAUUUCUCAGAGAGCAUGUCUCCCCCUUGGUCAAGAAAAGAUGCUUAAUUUCCACAUUAUUUUCUCUGUAAUACAAUGUUUUACCUUGUACACUGAAGAGGUUUGAUGGAAAUUAACUUCUCAGUUGAUUUUAAUAAAAUAAUUUCUCAGAUUUAAUCA